AUUUAUUAACACCAAAACAUUCGGAAAAAAUGGCGGAUUUUUUGUAGAUUUUUCCACAAGAGUUUUAUAUAUUUUUUAAAUUAAAGUUUCAAAUGUUUCAUCAAAUAGAAAAAGUUAUUAUAACAAUUGCAAUUUUCAAACUAAAUUUUUUUAAGUUGCGGGGAGAUAAUGCUAAAUGUACAGGAGUAAACAGUGUGUGGAACCCAGAUAACUCAAGUUGUUUGUGUGGAAGAAAGAUGUGGGGAAUCAGGUGUCAAUACGGCAGAUUCAGAAUUACUGAACCUCAAGGGUAUCUUUUUUUAUCAGAAGAUGGAUACGACGAUGAAUCAAAAUUUGUAUUUUUGAUAGAUAGUGGAAGAAACAAUUCCAUAAUAACAUUCAGUUUAAAUAAGUUUGCUACAGAGUGUAUUUAUGACAAUUUGUUCAUCUUUGAUGGAAAUUCCAUCUAUUCUCCUCUACUUGCAUCUUUCAGUGGUGUCAUACAAUCGAUAGAUAAUCCAAAUAGUAAUAACGUGAUUACAGUCAAGUCUACUUCUGGUGUGGCUCUUUUGUAUUUUUAUAGUGAUAAACGCAUUUCUGAACUUGGUUUUAAUAUAUCAUAUCAAGUAAGCUACUGCAAUCAAAGCUUUUGCUCCAAUGACGAAUUAUGUAUUCAUUCAAAAAAUUGUACUUGUGACGAUUUUCAGAAUAGAGAAUUUUGUUUACUUCAAGCUCAACCUUACUGCUGCAUUUCUUAUAAUUUGGUUACAGGAAAGAGCAUUUGUGAGCAAUGCACAAGUGAUUUAAGUAAAUUUCCAAUGACUAUGAGAGCAUCUCAUGCCAUGGCUACUAUUAAUUCUGAUUUAUUCAUUUAUGGUGGAUAUUCUUUUGACAACGGAAAGUUGGAUAAAUUAAUCAGGUACAAUCUUGAAACAUUCAACUUUGUUGAGUAUGAAACAAGUUUACAAAACAGAUACGAUCAUUCAAUGGUGUCUUAUGGGGACAAAUUAAUUAUCUUUGGUGGAGUCUUGUUUUCCAAAGAUACAAAUAAAACUCAAGUUACUAAUGAGAUACGCAAAUAUGAAACUAUUACAAACUCAUGGAGUGUGGUAAAUCCUAUUGUUUUAAAUGGUGAUUUUCCUAUUGCAGUUUAUGGUCAUGCUUCUGUAGUUGUCAAUGGUGUCAUGUACACAUUUUUCGGUUACAAUGACAAAGAAUUUAUUCAUCAUGUUCAAACAUUGGACUUAACUACUAAUGUUUGGACAUUAGUUAAAACUACUGGUGAUGUAGUUUCUGGUUCUUACAAACAUUCUGCUUCAUAUGAUAUUCAAACUGACACUGUUUUUAUAUAUGGUGGUUUUAGAAAUAACAAAAAAAUAACUUCUCAACUUCUUUUAUUCCAAGUUUCAUCUAAAAAUUGGACCAUUGGAUUAAGCUCCAAAUUGCCUCUUAUGUUGCAUGCAUCAGGCAUUAUUGGUCGCAAUUUGUUAAUAUAUGGAGGGAUUGCUAACAACUCUUCAAAUAAAAAUACUAUCAGUAAAUGUCAUUCAAAAGAUACUUUAGUUUACAACAUUGAUUGCAAAUCAUGGUCCGUUAUUAGUGGAAAUCUUUUGCUUUCAAAUGGAAGAUAUGGCCAUGCAAUAGUUACCUUUAACAAGUACCUCUACGUUGUUGGUGGUUUUAAUGGAGUUUUUUUAGACGAUCUUUUCAAGAUUACAGCUAAAGGAGAUUGCUCUCAAUAUACCAAUCAAGAAAUGUGCCUUUCAGCACCACUUAUUGUUGGGUGUUUAUGGACUAAUGAUGGUGUAUGCAUUGAACUAAAUACUCUUCUUCCUGAAAGUUCAAUCAAGCGACCAAUAUGUACAGAUAUAUGUUCUACGAUUACAGAGGGUUGUUUAGCUUGCACAUCUUUUGGUUGUGGUUGGGAUUCAGAUAAAUUGUUAUGUGUCAAGGCUCCGUUGUUAAAGGAUUCCAAAGUGAUUAUUUCCUAUAAAGACUGUAAGGACAUGUGCUCAAUCUUGUCUGAUUGCAAUGCUUGCAAAUUAAUGUCUAACUGCAGAUGGACCAAUCAAAACAAUUGUGUUAACACAGCUCUAGCUAAGUCAGUAGAAGGGUUUUGUUUUACACCAGAGAAAAAUAUCUCUUGCAAAGAAAUAAAAAAUUGUUCCACUUGUUUAAGUGCAAACUAUAACUCACUCUGCAUUUGGUGUGAGUCUCAACAACAGUGUGUCAACUCUCAAACAUACCCAAUCAGUUAUCCGUAUGGACAAUGCCUUGAGUGGAUUUCUGAUGGAUGUCAAAAUGUUAAAUGUGAAUUACAAGUGACAUGUCAAAAGUGUUUUCAAUUACCUGGAUGUGGGUGGUGUGAUGAUGGAAGUGGUACAGGCUUAGGUUGGUGCAGCAAAGGUACUGACAAUGGAUCAUUUAAUAACACAUGUCAAAAGAAAAAUUGGUACUUUACAGAUUGUCCAGCAUGCAACUGUAAUGGCCACAGUAAGUGUUUAAAUGGAACAAAUGAUUGUGGAGUUUGUGAAGGUUUCACUGAAGGUAUUAAUUGUGAAAAGUGCAAGUUUGGAUUUUUUGGUAAUCCAGAAAAUAACAAUAGUUGUGAAGAAUGUACUUGCAAUGGUCAUAUGCAAGACUGUAAUCCAGAGGGAACGUGUGUUUGUAAUUUAAAUGGUGCUACAGGAAAGUAUUGUGAUAGUUGUGAUAAAAAUGGAUUUGUGGGUAAUGCAACUAAUGGUGGCUUUUGUUAUUUUAAACUUUCAGUGGAUUAUGAGUAUCCUCAAAAUUUAUCAAGAUAUACUGUUGCAGCAUAUAGUGUCAAACCUAAUUUGAAGGAGGAUAGUAAUCUGAAGAUUAGUAUAAAAAGAGAAGCUGGAGGUUUUGCUCUGAUUAACAUUUCAGUAUAUUAUGAUGAUCAGUCGUCAAUAGUUAUCAUAUCAAAUGCCAAAGUUGAUUAUUCUACAACAAUUAAAAAAGAAAUGUUUUCUAAUAAUGGGGAAGCAAGAAUAGUUCUUUAUGGUUGGAAAAGAACAGAAUAUGCUAAAUUCAUUAUAACAGUAACUCAACCUGGUGCAGUUUUCGAUUUAGUUUAUUUUCUUAUAAUGUUUAUGGUUUGUUUUUGCUCACUUGUCAUAAUUAUGAUCAUCUUAUGGAAAGUGAAGCAACGCUAUGAUAUCUACCUCAGAAAUCGACAACAACAGCAAGAGCAUGAAGUAAGAUUAAAUCGUCCAUUUAAAACUUUGUCAAUUCUGCUCACAAAAAAUAAAACACCAAAAGAGCAUUCUUGUGUAGCAUUUGAACCUUUUGCAAAUCAACUAUAUGGAGUUGCAUCAGUCCUUGUUAAGCUUCCAUGUGGUAAUAGCAAUUUUACACCCAGAGGACAGUGUGGUCUUUGUAUAGGAAGUACAGUAACACUAAUGCCACAACGUUGGUCGUUAUCACACAUUCAAAAGCAUAGUCAAUAUAAAAAAAAAAUAAUACAUGAAGUUUCUGUUUAGUGCAUAUCUGUGAUGUUUUUUACAAAAAUGUUCAGAAGUUUACUCUUGCCAUAACUGGUUUAUAAAGCUCAAAGCAUGAAGUACACAUAAAAGCAUGAAGUAUGUAUGCAUUUAAACAACAUAAACUUUUUAACAUUUCAAUUUAAGUCAAAGAAUAAUGUUCCAAAACAUAAGAUAUCAAUGAAAGAAUUUUAUAAAAGUUGUGCAGCAUGCAAAGUUCUUCUCAACACUAAAAAAAUGUUUACUUUGAUAGUUUUUGAAAAAAAUUAUGAUAAAUCAU